CAAUACGUCUUCUCGACGACUCUACUAACUGGGGAGAGGUAGAAGUGCGCCACAGAGGGGUGUGGGGGUUUGUCUGUGAAGGUCCAGACUGGACUGACGCCGCGGCACGUGUCGUCUGCAAGGAACUGGGCUUCUCUGGCGGGGGAGUGAGGUUCGGUGGACCAGAUAGAGUUCGGUCAUAUCGCAGCGUCUGGGUCAAUGGCCUGAACUGCACAGGGAAUGAAACUAGUCUGGAGCAAUGUGUCGUCGGACCCUGGGGACAAGAUAAAAACUGUCGGAGACUGGCCCGUGUUCUGUGCUCCUCUACAUCUGCCCCCGAGGUAAGACUGGCCGGCGGAGGUUCCAGCUACGGCCGAGUGGAGAUCUUGAUGGACGGACAAACGUACUCCGUGUGUGACAACGGCUGGGAUGUGAGGGAUGCUACAGUUGUCUGCAGACUCCUGGGCUACCAGUCCGGACAACCUGCUCUGAGAUCUUACUAUGGCGCGGGCACAGGUCAAGUGGCGCUGGACAGUGUCGCCUGUGAUACCUCGGACACCAGUCUGCUGGCCUGUCGGAGCAGUGGAUGGCUGGAGACAGAGGCAGCGUGCGGUGACCACAGCAAGGACGCGGGGGUCGUCUGCUUUGGUGAAGUUCGGCUAAUGAGGGGAGACCACUCCACAGGCAUAGUGAUGAUUAACAUUGGCAUGAAUACUUUCAUCGCAUGUGGCUCCAACUUUGGUGAUACGGAAGCAAAAGUUGCAUGUCGGGAGCUGGGGUUCGAGCACGGGCGUGCUUUGCCAAGAGGAGCUUAUGGAAGGUUCUCUAACAGUGGUUACUACAGCCGCUACUACAGAUGCUUGGGAAAUGAAACACAAAUCUCCUCGUGUGCCUCCUUCCAGGGUUACUGUGGUUUCUGACAGCUACUCUAACUACGCCUCCGUCCACUGCUUCAACGGCUCUCUCAGCACAGAUUCGUCGGCUUUCCUUGGACGCUGGUCAAGGGCUUCUCGGCAACUCCUCCGGCCGACUGGUGGUCAGUCAAGGCGGUGUUCGAGGCAGAGUGUGUCCAGAAGACUGGGAUGACGUAGACGCCGGCGUGGUCUGCAGACAACUGGGGUACCGUGGUGGUGUGGCACUGACUUUCACGCACCCAGGCACUGGUCCAUACCUGCUUGACAACGUGGCUUGUACAGGUGUCGAGACGUCCAUCUUUAGUUGCAUAAGCAAGGGAACAUGUUCGCUUUCUUACCGAAGCCACCUGAUGUCGGUGCUGUGUGCUUCAGUGACACCUCAAUCGUAGUACAACUUGUAGGAGGAACAUCGGACAAGGAGGGUCUGGUGCAAGUGGUGUAUGGGAGGCAGGUGGGUACGGUGUGUGUACCUGACAACUAUAACCAUGAUAACGCCGCAAAGGUGGUCUGCAGACAGCUCGGCUACGUGGACGGAGAAUU